GGCAUUAGGCAAGGAUGGCAGGCCUCGGUGUGUUGUAAGGAUGAAGGUCACAGUUUGGAGUAUCCUGAGUGGCCAGCUGUCCGGCCAUCUGGUGCUUAGUGUUCCUGCAACUCACACUCUGCGGAAGGUGCUAGAGGCUUAUUGUACCAACAAGGGAGCUUCAGUGUCCGACAAGUAUGUGAUGCGAAGCCGAGACAACCACAUCCUUAAUCUGAACAAGACCCUCCAGCAGGCAAACAUUGAAAACGGAGACACUCUCAUGAUUGGACUCUUGGGUGAUGAGAAGCAAACCUUCUCAUUUGGAAGCUGGUACCUGGUCACCUUUGCUUCCUUCAUUAUUGGCUUCUUUGGCAUUGGAUGUGUUAUGUGGUUAUGUUUGCAAGUGCUGCCCAGACCACAGAAGUUUGGUGUUGUGAUUGAUGCCGGGUCUUCUCAUAGUGAGGUAUUUGUGUUCUCCUGGGAUGGGGAGAAGCCACUGGGCACAGCUGAAGUGAAGCUGGUGCAUCGGUGCUUCAUUAAUGGAGGGAUAAACAGUUUUGCCAGUCAUGUAGAAGACCUCCCAAACUACUUUGACCCGUGCCUAUCAGAAGCUGAGGGGUAUGUGCCGGCUGCCAAGCAGCCUGACACUCCCAUCUACCUGGGAGCCACAGCAGGCAUGAGGAUCCUCAGAUGCACACAGGAAGGUGGAGCAACAGCGUCUGUACUGGACGUUGGAGGAGCCUCCCUCCAGGUAACCAGUGAGCUUUCAGUACCAAGUAGAUGGCAGACAGUGCCCAUCAAGCUCUUCAACCGUACACACAAAGUGAUGAGCAAGUCAUUUCUCUGCUAUGGCAUUGGAGAAGCUCAACAUCGGUAUAAUUUUUUCCUGCUUAAUCCUAACAAAACGAAAGAUGAGGUCAUCCCAGCAGAGAGUGUGACAGAUCCCUGUCUGGCUGAGGGCCUGACUCGCCAAGUGUCCCUAAAACAGCUCAGGGCUCCCUGUGCACUCACUGACAAUUCAGAGCCACUCUUGUCUCUCACCUCAACCAUAAACCAAAGUAAAUUGAAAAGAAUCUUCAAAAACUACAGGAAACAAAAUGAAAAAGAGGGGGCAUUGAAUGAGAAGUCUUCAAAAAGGGAUGAGAAAGUUGAAGGGAGUGAGUCUGAAAGAUAUGUCACUGUGCGUGGAUCAAGUAAUGCUGCCAAGUGUGAGAAAGAAAUGAGCCACCUUUUUAACCGGUCACUGUGUGAGUCAACCUUCACAUUUGGGGACUGUAUGGAUGCCCAGUCUGUGCAUCUGGGCAAUGGCACACUGUAUGCUUUCUCUGGCCUGUUCCACCACCUGAUGGAAGCUCUUGGGAUGGGUCCAGGUGGCAGCCUUGAUCUAUUCAAGGGUGUGGUGUCAGCAGUGUGUUCCAUGGAUGCUACAAAACUUUCACUCAUAUACUCAGAUUUAGAGCCAGAGAUAACGGAAGAUCUUUGCUUUGAUGGCAUGUUUGUGUAUAGUCUCCUCACUGCAGGACUUGGCAUCAACAAUGACACUUUCAGUAAUGUGGUUUUCUCUGAUGAGAUUGGAAAGAUGGAGGUGGUGUGGCCUCAGGGCUUCAUGAUCAACAAGACCUCCAACCUUCCCAGUGAGGCACACUUGCCUCCCUUCUCUCUCCCCAUCCUUGUACUGCUCUUGUGUUUCUUCUCAGCCUUCAUUAUCAGUGGUGUUCUCUUCCUGCACCACUCACUCAAAAUCAAGAGGCAUAGUACAUCCUACCAAAGGUGUAUUGCUGACCACAUUGAUCAGGAACUGCAGAAGUUCAUUCAAUAGAAAAUAUUACAUGAGGAGGAGGAGGAGGAGAUCACAAAACUAAUAAGUGGUAAUAAGGUACUAUUACUGUUUGUCUAGGGAAUCCAGCCAACUCACCAAUACCAACAGUGCUCUUUUGUAGUGAUUAUAGUUCUAUUAGAACUUGGCAUCAAGACCAAAAUUAAUGCAAGUUGAUACUAUUCGAAGAAUUGGGAAACUAAUAUUCAAUGUUAAAGAAUAUAUCUAGAUAAGUUUUAUGAAGUAAUGAUAAUAAAGAGCAAUAUGGAAUGCAAGAAUGUAUGACACAGAGAGGAUCUUCAUACUCCAUCACCACAGUGGAAAGAUGCCUCAUAUCUUGGCUCACAAUUUGUUUACAGUGUCUGAAAUGGUGACUUGCUUGCUUGUAUUGCUCUUAGUCUUUAUACACUUGGAAUACUGUUUUAUAAGCUCUCAGACUUAUGGGAACUAGGAAUGACCUCAAUGAGGAUUGUUCUAUUUUUAUAUAUCCUGUUAUAUGGUACUCAGUACAUGUAAUUCUUAAGAAAGACUGCCAUGUAAGACUUGCAAGUCUUAUUAUUUGAUAUAUGAUUAAGUUACAGGUUUGAAUGCAGAAAACCUUUUUUACCAACUGAGAUCUCCACAUUGAAGCACCUCAGACAAGGUGCCAAAUCUUGUCAUAUCAUGGAAUCAGAGCUUUUGAGGAACAGGUUCCCAGUCCCUUCUAUGAAAUAAAAUAAUAGAUAGUAAAUGGAUGAAAUCUAGUUGGUCAUUAAAGAGAAAGCAACAAUAUAACACUACUGUAUUAAGGUAGUGUUUCCUUAAAUUUUCUUGCCUUCCCUUUCAUAUUUUUCAUUGAAUAAAUUAUGAUUUAUGUUUUAGAGUUGUUUUGUCACAUAUUCAUGGAGUAAAACGUCUCGGCUCUCUUUGCUCUGAGUGCUAAAUGCUUGUAGUUUUCUUGCCAAUGCUGAAAAAUUCAUCAGAUAAUAUUUUUGGGGCCAUUGGCUUCAUGCCAUCUUUUCUAAGAUUUGCUGAGAGGUACUGAGGGAGGGUCCAGGGCUCAUAGUACCUACAGUUUAUGGCAACAUUACUUGGGAGAAUGAGUAGUUUGUUAAGUUGCCAAAGCACAUUCAGAUAUUUUUGACAACUUUCUACCUCUUUUUUGUGUAGUUGUAGAAUGAAAGAAUUUUCAACCUAAGUCAAGUUGUGUCAUGUAUACUUAAGAACAUGUUCAUGUGAGGAGAAUCUAAUGUAGUGCAUGUGUCACUGUACACUCAUCUGUGUCUUUAGUGAUGGACAUUAAAAAUACUUCGUAUGAACAGGUCAUUAGUUGUAUAAGUUGGCACGUGUGAUACAUAGCUUACUUUUGUGGUGUACUUAUUUGUCAUACAGAAUACUUUAAUAAUGAACAAAUUGCAUUCAGUCAUGAUUAUUCAGUAGUAUAUUUAUGAAGUGAAAAUAAACUGAUCCUUACAAUAUAUAACCUUAUGCUGAUUUUUAGAUUAUUGUAAUCCUACAUGCCAGCUUAGAAAGAAAGCUCAGUCAACUGUUUACUUUAUAUUUCUGGCUGUGAACCUGCUGGUCUUGGUCUGAGCCAUGGCCAUGCAGACACUUGAGGAUCAGUGGUGUCCUUGGGAAGCACAACACUUAACUACACUGUGGCCCUUUCUUCUCUAUACAUUAUUAAACUACACUGUGGCCCUUUCUUCUCUAUACAUUAUUAGUUUCUAUAAGUUUCCCUGAAAUGAAAUAGUGGAGAUGUACUAUUUAUGCUUGCUUAGGUGUUUAGGAAAAAGCAAAAAAAAAGCUUUUACAGUGUUUUAUCCUGACUCAAAGUGUUAAUAAUGUGUUCACACUGUACUAAACCAGUUUUUUACCACUAUCAUUAUUCUAGAGGAAUAUGUAAUCUUCCAAAUAUACUUAUAAUAUAUAGAAACUUGGAAUAAAUUGAAUGAUUCA